CUUGAACAAGUUUAUCAAGGUAAAGGUAUUACUAGAAGGAAGCCUGUUGUUUUCAGAAAGGCGGUUGUGUCUUCAUGCCGUGAUGAGAGUGAUGAUGGGUUCGCCGUUAUGACGAUAUUUCAAGGAAUUGCGCUGGUGUGGAGAAAUGUAGACAAGAAAUGGACUAGAAUAGACAUGGGUUAUGAUAAUUUUCUUGAUGUAAUUUAUCAUAAUGAAAAGUUCUUUGCUUUGAUGUCCACUGGUGUGACUGUAACUGUGGACUCUAAGUCUAUGACGGUUUCUCCGGUUGCUGGUCCACUGCAGAUUGAAAGUGUAUGGGUUUGGUCGUACUUAAUAAAGUCCUCCCAGGAUUUGUUUUUGAUUAUUAAGAGCUGGCCGUUCCAAAUUGAUCCAAUUGAAUUCAAGGUUUAUAAGCUUGACGAAGAGAAACGUGAAUGGGUUGAGGUGAUGGAUGGAUUGGAGGAUUCAGUGUUUUUUGUUGGUGAUGAUGCUUCAUUCUCUCUUUCUGCUGAAGAGUUCCCAGGAUGUAAAGGGAAUUGUGUUUAUUUCAAAGGUGGUCCCUUUGAAGUUACUGAUUGUCACCCUGGAACCGAUGGUGGGAUUAUUGACUUGAAGGAUGGAACAGUUGGAGGUCUCUCUGCUUUUCCAGGCUAUUCUAACAUCUUUUGGCCUAGACCAACUUGGGUGGAGAAGUGAUUCACCUUGUCUCCCUGCCGAAUUGUUUCAACUGUUGCUUAAAAUUUAAUUCCAAACGUAAGGAGCAC